AUGGGGAAGAAACGUACCCGAAUUCCCCAUUGCUCCCUCUGUAACACUUACUGACCUCAACUGCCUCAGGAGUCCAAUGCUGCAUCUCAGUCGACAUCGACGCCGUCGCAGGCUGGCUCGGCUCCUAUGGCGGACAAGACAGCACCUCGGACAUCUCGCGCGGCCUGUUCGCGGGGACCAUCGGCGUGCGACGCCUCCUCAAGAUGUUCGAAAAGUACGAUAUCAAGACCACCUUCUUCAUCCCGGGCCACAGCCUCGAGACCUUCCCGGAGGAAUGCCGCAUGAUCGCCGACGCGGGCCACGAAAUCGGCCUCCACGGCUACUCGCACGAGAACCCCAUCGCGAUGACUCUGGAACAGCAGACCGCCAUCAUGGACAAGUGCUAUCGGCUGAUCAAGGACUUCCAACACGGCAAGCCGCCGCGGGGCAUCGUGGCGCCCUGGUGGGAGAGCAGCCAGGAAGGCGCGGAACUGAUGCUGCGGUAUGGUCUGGAAUACGACCAUUCCUUCUCCCACCAUGACUGUCAGUGCUACUGGCUGCGCACGGGCGAUAAGUGGUAUCCCAUCGACUAUGAGAAACACCCGGACGAUUGGAUGAAGCCCCUCGAGGCCGGCCCCAUGACCGGGCUCGUCGAAAUCCCCGCGUCUUGGUAUCUGGAGUAAGUGAAACCGCGAGCCAGCCAGACCUCUGUUUCCCCCAAAGGGGAAAAUCUGCUGACCUCUGUAGUGAUUUGCCGCCCAUGAUGUUCAUCAAGAACGCGCCCAAUAGCCACGGCUGGGUCAACCCCCGCGACGUCGAAGAGCUCUGGCUCGACCAAUUCAACUACUUCUAUCGCGAAUACGACGAAUUCGUCUUUCCCGUCACGGUAAGCCAAGCCAGCCAAGCCCGCCAGCCAGCCUACCGUCCCUCUAUCCCAAACAAAGAAAAACAGCUACAAAGAAAGAAAGAAAACAAAGCUACGCGUCUCGUCUUCGGCCUUUCCCCUCGUCCAUCCAUCUAGGUUAAAAUCUGGCUCGCGUGAUGAGCAUCUGAUGAAGCCAUGAUUUAGUUGCUAACCAUUCGAAAUUCUAGGUGCAUCCGGACGUCUGCGGUCAUCCCCACGGCCUGCUGAUGCUGGAGAGGUAAGCUUACCUUUUACCUUUGUCUUUACCUUUACCUUUACCUUUACCUUUAUUUACCCCACAUCCAUCCAUCCAUGGAAAUCUUCCCACAAUCUUUCCACCAUCUCUCCAGCUGUCUGUCCGUCCAAUGAAAUCGGCCACUCGCUGAGCGAAAGCAAAAUCCAACAACGAACAGAAUCAUCGAAUCCAUCAAUCAGCAUCAAGGCGUGGAAUGGGUCACGAUGGAGCAGAUCUGUGACGAUUUCAAGGGCAAGAGCUCACCUCCGCCGGGGGCCUUGAUGCCGGCUGAAGUGGGUGCCAUCUUGAAAGAUCCGAAAUUGCAGUUGCAGAGGAAGGCUUGA